AUGGUCAACAUUGAUUUGACCGUCGUGCAACGAUCGACAAUUAUAGAACCGAGCAAACGCACUAUCACAAAAAUUAUUUCAAAGAGAAAUACUGAAAUCAUGUAUCGAAUAUUAAAUUAUUUACUGAUACUCGUCGCGGCCGUUACUUUGGCCUAUGGAUACCCAUCGCCAUCAGACCCCUACGGAAGUACAGUAUGGACUAGCGGUCAACAGGUCACCAUAGAUUGGUCUGACGUCGGUAGUCCACCGACUUCUUCAUUUAAGGGAAUAUGUGUUAAACUAAUGACCGGUCCCGAUAUUGGACAAAUAUAUCUCAUGACCCUUGCACCUAAUCUUAGCGACUCUACCACCUCACUGACGAUCACAGUACCCUCGCCCAAAAGCCUCGGAUAUCCUCCAGGCCACAUUUAUUUCAUCAUGUUCUCCGAUGCUGCAAAUCCCGAUCAAGGUAUUAGUUGGAGUACGAGAUUUAGCAUCGUAGACAGUGACAGCCAAUCUACUGUCAGCUACGAUCCAAAAUCACCCUGGACCAUUUCACUAGUAGUAACUGCAUUUGUUACAAGUUCCACAGCCACCGACACCAGCACCAAUUCUCCUACGCAAAAUGUAGUUUCAGGACAAAAUACAUCUGGUUCAGUAAUGAGUGCUGGUGUGUGGAACGUUGGUAUUAUAACUUUGACCGCAUGUGUUGCGUUUGCAUUCGUUAUAUAG